CACCAGGCCUGGCCACCACUGCCUGUCUGUGACCAUGAAAGCUGUCCUCUUUGCCCUGCUGGUCGCCAGCCUGGUGCUACAUCCAGGCGCCACCCUGCAGUGCUACUCCUGCAAGGCCCAGGUGAGCGGCCAGGACUGCCUGCACGUGCAGAACUGCUCCCAGGACGAGACCCAGUGCCGGACUGAGCGCAUCCGUGCCGCCGGCCUCCUGACUGUCCUCAGCAAGGGCUGCAGUGCUCGCUGCGUGCCGGACUCACAGAACUACUAUGUGGGAGAGAAGAACGUCACCUGCUGCUUCACCGACCUGUGCAACGUCAACGGGGCCCGGGCCCCGCAGCCAGCCACGGCCACCCUGGGGCUGCUCAGCGUCCUUGGCGGCCUGCUGCUCAGGGGCUCCUGCCCACUGUAGGCUCAGGAAGGCCCCGCACCCAUGCUGGCUCCAGGCUGCUCCCCACACACCCAGCAUGAUUGCCCCACCACCGUGGUCACUGAAGGCAAGUUCUAACACAGGCCUGGCCAUGCAUCCCCCCACUCCAACAUGGCUGCCUCCCUGCCCUGGUCGCUGAAGUUCCCCCCAUGGUUUCCUCUAAGACUCUUGCUCAGCCCCGCUACCCAGCAUGCUGAGAACUGCCUGCAGAUGGCCCCUCCAGUCCCCUGGCUUGGGCAGCUGUUUCCACAGCCUGAUAUUCCAACCACCCCCUAACCCCCUGCUCAGGCACCUCUUCCUCCAGGAAGCCUUCCCUGGCCAUGCACCCCAAGAGCCAAGCCAGGUCUGGUGCAUGGUGACUCUGCACCCAUCAGAACAGAGGCACAGAAAUUCAGGGGCAGCACAGGCUGAGGCAAUGGAUCCAGUAGAACCAAGGGUGGGAACAGGGCACGAAGUCCCCAGGCUCUGAGAGAUGCGACCUGCAGGCCCCAUAUUCCUGGAAGUCCCCGCAGCAGCCCCAGCACAAGUAGGCCCUUAAUAAACAAAGCCUGCUAGGCGAGUCAGAGAGA